CGACUCUCUUAUUCUCUUUCAUUUCCUGUCAGUGCUGUGGUUAAGGUGAACACGUUGUGUAGUCGGUGAAUAUAUUUUUUAUUGUAUUUUGUUCGCGUGACUGUUGAAAUGGCCGAGGUCGAUGAAACUCAGAAGAAGAAGAGGACGUUCAGGAAGUUUACCUUCCGAGGGGUGGAUCUUGAUCAACUGCUCGACAUGCCUGUAGAACAACUGAUGGAGUUGAUGCAUGCACGAGCAAGAAGGCGGUUUUCCCGAGGGUUGAAAAGGAAACCUAUGGCGCUCGUCAAGAAGUUGCGAAAAGCCAAAAAAGAAGCACCACCAAAUGAGAAGCCAGAGGUGGUAAAGACCCAUCUUAGGAACAUGAUAAUUGUUCCUGAGAUGGUUGGGAGCAUCGUGGGUGUUUAUAAUGGAAAGGCUUUCACGCAAGUGGAAGUAAAGCCUGAGAUGAUUGGUCACUACCUGGGAGAAUUCAGCGUGACCUACAAGCCUGUCAAGCACGGCAGACCUGGUAUUGGUGCCACACACAGUUCGAGGUUUAUUCCUCUGAAAUAAUUUUAUUGUUUUACUAAGUUCAUCAGUAAAAUGUUUCUAAAUUAAA